AUGAAGCAACAUGUUAAGACUGUUGAAGCUAAAGGCUCCGAAGAGCCUUCAUUCAUAGGGGCAUUGUCGAAGGUAGACAGUGCCGAGAAGGAAUUGCAAGAUGCAAUAGAGCGCUUGAAAGAUACAACGGAGAGGAACGAGCGAAUUGAACAAGAGCUUGAAGUUCUUUCUAAGUCAGCGGAUCAGCUCACCAUGAUGGAGUGCAAAUUGGAUGUGACUGAACUUACAUGCGGCUUUGAGGAUUUCGUGGAAAAGCUGCGAUUGAGAAAGGAAGCUGGAAAGGGAUGCCAUUUGGAGGACUCGAGGCAUGAAGAAGAGGAACUGAGAUGGAAGAAGAAGUUGGAAAAGGCGGAGCAGGAGUUGCAAGAGGGAAAGGUGGUGAAGCGAGGACAAAACGCAAGAUCAGUCACUGGUACAGUUAUCCCUGAUGGGCCUUCCCUUACCCAGGGCGGGAGCUCCUUGCCUUUGCACGUGAACCCUAGCACACCUCCACUCAGAAGGUCUCCCCGUGGUUCAAGGCCUUCCUCUACACCUGGGUCUUCAACAGCGUCUACAUCUACUAGCUGUAGCUCUGGGUCAUCGUCUUCCACAGUUGAUUCUAGCCCCAACACUUCGGGGUUGUUGGAAUCUCCCGCCACCCCCAGCCGCGGUUCAUCCGAUCAGGUGCCUGAACAUGAUAGCAGCCUCGCAGCGGGGACGUCCCAGGGAUCGCUUCAGAUUGCCCCACGACCACUUAUUACAGAUGACGAUGAGAUAGCAGACCAGCUGGAGCGGGAUGCGUCUCAAGCUACAAAUCAGCAAUCAAGUGAAGGUCUGAUUAGUUCUGCUGAGGUAGUUGGGACGGCCAGUGAAGCGCAGGGUCUCGUCACAUGUGCGCCUGUCUCUACUGCUUCUCCUACCGACCAAGAGCUGCUUGAGAAUGAGAUCGGGCCCGAGUCUGAGGGGGAGGAGGAGGAGGGGGCUGGAUCUGAUGAUGAAUACCUCCCCGGGCGGAAGCCGAAGGCUCGGUCAAAGCGGAAGUCCAAGACUGGUUCAAGAUGGAAAGGCAAGGGGGUUGCAAGAGAAGCACCAGACACCGGUCCCAAACAAACGAAGCUGGAUCGGUAUUUCUCCUAG